GCGAGUGAGAGUCUCGUAUUGUCUUCUCCUAAAAAAUAUCUGGGCUUCUCUUCUCCUCCCCGCCGACGACCACCAAUGUCCAUCCCCGGGAACGGCCACCUCCCCGCCUCCACCGGCCUCCCGGACCACGCCUCCGCCUCAGACUCCGAGGCCGAGGUCGACGCCGAGUACCUCCCCAUCUCCGGCGCCGCAUCGGACACCGACACGGACACCGAGCCCGACCCCGACGAUCUUGCAUCUCACCAACGCCUCGACGCGAUCGACAACGGCAUCUCCACGCUGGAUCUCGCAUCCGAGGAAGAAGAGAGCGACGGGGAAGACAAGACCGUGACGGAGGCCGCUGCCCGGGCUUCCUCGGAGGACGAGCGCCGGCGACGCGCCCAGCUGCCCGCGGGCGCCGCGGCUCGGAUCGUGGACGCGAUGCGCGGCGUGGCGUUCCCCGGCGCGCCGCCGCCGUGGGCGGGCAGCGUCCCCGACGAGCAGUGGCUCGACCGGCUCCGCUCCCUCCGUGGCGGCUCCAGCUAAACAGGGCAGAUGGAUUCUCUCUUCUCUCCCCCGCAAGUCUCUCUGAACUUGUGAUCUCGCUUGUACGGAUUCAACAUUCCACAUUUAGUUCCAGUGGAAUCGCUGCUGCUUCGGAAUUUCGUGCGCAGAUCGUCAGCGUUAAGAUCAGUGUGGAGCAGCUGUAAUCCUGAUUUUUAUUCUUCACAUGCGUGCUUGUUCCUUGUU